AUGGGACGUCUAAUUCCGGCCCUUACGGCGGUACUUAGCGGCGCCAUCACCGUUUCUGCCUCGCACUCUGCCUCCUACUACCACCCAGACAUCAAGAGUGCCCACGAUAAUGCCUUCGCUAUCUUCAACUCCAUCCACUCCGCAAUGCGACAAUGGGGAUCUUCAGUGCAUCACAAUGGCCUGUCGUUCUAUCUUGCCACAGCUCCCGAGGGUAGUGUCUUCUACCAUGGCGGAUACAGUACAGAACGCCCGGAUAGUUUCGAGUGGUUGGCCUUUGAAAUAGAGCAUGCUGCGCAAUUUGCCGCCUCUUGGGAGUUUACACAGAGUGCAGACCUCAACACCAUGGCCGAUACAGCCCUCGAUGCACAAAUUUUGAAGACUCUUCUUCGACAUCGAAGCUCUCACGCCAGGCCCCCGUCUGAUCCCGGCCGCAGUCCGAACUUGCAUAACAAGUUGUCCUCGCAACGACCUCUGGGAAUUGUGGAGAACAACGACGAAGGCGAUGAGGACGAUGACGAUGACGAUGAAGAUCCACCGACCAGACCACCGCGCUUUGAUAAGCUACGGCGCGGGUAUUUACAACUUUACCGUGCCAACCGACCCUUGAAUCUCCUCUACAUCGACGGUGAAGCUGCUGCAAAGUGCCCACUUGGCUCCCUCGACAGCCAGGAUCUGAUAUUGCUCGGCCGCAACAAGUCCUCUGGCCCACCCACCUGGGGGGAAUGGCCGCGGGCUAAGCAGUUGUGCGCUCUUGCAGACGAGUGGAAACACCCGACUGGGGCCAAAAUCGAUGGCUUUAUACGCAUGGAGGCUGGUUUCGAGAUUGUUUAUUGCGACUUUUCCGAGCAAGGUGGUUUAGAUCUGGUGUCGGUGCAGGGGAGCUCUUUCCGUAACGAGACUGGUUUACCGCCACAUCAGAUCGACUCAGUCUUUGAGUGGCUCCGAGCCUCCGCUGCCCGAUUUCAUGGCCACCCGGCCGGUCGGCUGGACAUCGACUGGAGCAGCAUGGUCUCAGCUUUCUCCUACCCCAUGAACCUCUCAAACCCGGACUGGCAUAGGCAGGACCUGCCCAGGGUAGUGAAUGCCACAAUGGAGAGCAGGCUAGGAGUCCGUGCCAGGUUGAGGGAUGUCUUCGCCGCACGCGGUGGUCAGGAAGUACCAAAGAGAAGAAUCGUGAACUGGCAGGGCGUGGUUGACAAGAUCGUGACACGCUUCAGCGAACGGCUGCAGUAUAUGGCGAAUAACCAGUGGACACAUGACCGUUUACUCCUCGCCCUCGGCACAAUUGUCGACCCACACAUUAGCUAUACCGAUCACAGCCCCAUGUCAGAGCACCUUGCUAUCGACCGUUGCACGCAGCACUACCUUGAUCCGUCCUUCCUGCACCCCGAGACAUGGACCCCGGAAGACCACGCUGUAGCGACCGCCCUUGAACGGGUAUCGCACACUAUCUGCGACACCUUAUUUCACGCACGGCGUGUCUUGCGAGCCGCCAACGGUAUGAUGUCGUCCGAUUCUGACGCUCUCGUGAAGGAGGCACAGCGGACCAUCGUGGAACUUAUGGAGCAGCUCAGGUGGACCACAUGGAGGGAGUGUGACGGGUGCGCGUCUUCGGAUGAGAUCUGCAGCAUCCCCAUGUUCCCGACUGGCGCGUCCGAAAACGACUAUUUCCACCCCAGCUGCAAGAACAUCACCGAGAUUCUACGUAGCUUUGGGUAUUGGGGGCUUGAUGUACAUAUCUACGACCAGAGAACAGACAAGAGAGCCUGA